UUUGUUUGCGAAUAAAUAUAUAUUUUAUCAUUUCUAUCACUUUUAUAGCUAUAGUAAGGGACACUACCUCUCGUACAACAUGUGGACGGGAACUGUAGGUUUGGUCAACAAUCAGCACAAGUACUUAACGGCUGAGACGUUUGGCCAUAAGAUUAAUGCCAAUGGAGUGGGACUUAAGAAGAAGCAACAGUGGACUAUAGAGCCGUUCCCUAUAAGCAGCAAUGGUAACGAUUACUCGAAUGGCAAUCGUUUGGACGAUUUGGACGAAUUGGAGAACAUUGCUAUCAAAUCGCAUCUCAACUGCUAUUUGGCGGUCGACUCCUUCGGGAACGUCACCUGUGAGUCACCCGACAAGACCGAGGGAUCCCGAUUCACAAUCACCAUCUGCUCCAUGUCCUCAACAGCACCCGGACAACCACAACAGGAGCAAAUCUCGUGGGCCUUCCGGAACAUCUCCCGGGGCUACUAUUUGGGCACAACAUCUGAUGGUAUGAUUCAGUGCAACGCAAAGAUGCCGCAGUCGAGGGCCGAGCUCUGGCACGUGCACCUCAUCCCAGCCCGAGGCGCCACUAUGUUUGCACUCAAGUCCAUCGGCCGAAAACGGUUCGCCCGGACUAUGCCUUCCCUUUCGGGCCAAACGAACGGUGCGUCGAAUGGGACGGACAGCAGUGAACAGAUCCAAGUGGACGCCACCAACGCCUGGGGCUCUGAGACCCUCUUCCAGUUCAAGUACUUCGAAGGCGGCAAAUAUGCUUUACUCACCUCCAGUUCCAAACACCUCACCAAUGAAGGCGUUUGCCUCGACCUCACCAAAGGCCCCACCGCUCCCUUGCCUCCCGUCGAGUGUCUCUUCACUAUUGAAUACCAUUGCGGAAACAUUGCCUUCAGAGACAACGCCGGACGCUAUUUGGCGGCCGCCGGGAGGGCAUCGCUGUUGAGGUCGCGAUCCACUCACGUGACCAAAGAUGAACAGUUCUCCUUUGAAACGGCGCCCAUACAGCUCGCACUCAGAGCCACCUUCAACAACAAGUGGGUCUCCACUAAACAGGGUGUGGAUCUGUCGGCCAAUCAGAACGAGUUGACAAAACCGGAGACCUUUCAGUUCGAGUACAACAACGCCGACCAGAGCUGGUAUAUCGCCACACAUGAGGGCCACUACUGGGCACUGGGAGGCGCCUCCACCAUACAGACCAUCAAAGAGCUGAGCGCCAGAAGUAGUUUUAAGAUGCGAUGGAAUGGUGAGGACGGCUCGUGUUCGCUGGCCGUCAGUCACCCCAAAGCCGGCGGCGACGACGCGCUUACCAAAUGGAUCGGCGCCCGAAAGUCGGGCCAACUCUUCACCUGUCAAUCGGAUUCUGCCGUCAAAUUCUUCGUCAAGUUUCUCAACAGGACUUCCAUUAACCUGAGGGCCAGUAAUGCGUCCGGUUUUGUGGGACUCAAACUCGCCGGGUCGGGAAAACUGGAGAGCUCCAGGACCACUCCCGACAGCAUACGCAUUGAGUACGCCUACUCUGACAACAACGGACUCGACUUCUCGGACAUCGACUCGACGUUCAACUGCUGUUACCUUAAGAUGAUGUCAAACAACCGAUACCUGAGUCUCAUAGAGAACAACAGUGUGGCGGCCGACGCCUCUUCAGCCGCGUGCGCCCAACAGUUCCAGAUAGAGCUCAGGAGUGGCACUCAGAUCGCUGUCAAGACAUUUGAAUCGAAUUCCAAUUAUUUAAAUCUCACUAAAAAUGGUUCAAUAGUUGUGUCCAAUUGUCUGCCAGAGUCGGCCACUCUCUGGGAGUUCUAAAAGACAUGUAUUACUAGAAGUGGUCUUUUGUUGGACACAAAUCUCAUAUCAAUUCUCUUCUCUCUGUCUCUCCUAUUGUUGUCAUUUGUAUUGAACUCUAAUACUUGAAAACCACUCGUUAUAGUGAACAUAGAUUUAGACACAUAUAUAGUGUACUACUAAUGAGCACUAAAUAGCAAUAUAGGGGACAAUGUGUCCCCGAAUACUGUAUAUUAACUCCGAAUUCACUCAAACGAGAGUCUCGUAAACCAAAAAAUAUGACAAAUCUUUCCCAAACUUGUAAUCAAAUCUCGUUUUCAAUCAAC